AUGACCAUCCUGGCUUUGAGCGGUACCGCUGGGCAGGGCUGUUGGGCUGCUGGAACUUGGUUUCUGUGCCGCCAGCUUGCAUGCCUGCUUACCUGCAAUGUCUACAAUUUCACGCCGGCUCGCGCUUUUCCACUUGCUUCUUCCAUUUCGUUCGUCGAGAUCAGGGCAACGUUUUGGCGCCCGGCCAAGGUUGACCUUUUUACGAGGCUGUUGACUUUGGGAUAUUCGACGCUUGCGUCGCCUUAUUCCGUGACGGCUCUGUUCGCCAUUUGGUCUUUUGGGGGAGAAGAGGCCGCCUGCUUGAAACCUGUUAUUUGGCCUUUCCUUUCUCAAUUUGUAGCAUCCUAUCUUUGCAUGAUUGGCAUCGGACUCUUUUGCAGACCAUCGAAUAACGAGCGGCGCGUGUUCUUGAAGCUUAUUCGGCCAUUAGAAGUGUUUUUGUUGACGAUGUCUACCUUACAACUCAUUGGUAAAAUGUUGAGCCAUGCACGCUCGGUGUUGAUUGUACCUUUUGGUCACCACACUCCUCUCAAAUUGGCUCGACAGAUCUUCAGUGUCAGACUUUGUAAUCCUGAUCUACCAGUGGUCGGUCCUGUCAACUCAUCGGAUGCCAUCAUGCUUUUGGCUCUCGACGUAUUCUUCCUAAUCAUGGUACCAGGUAGAACGCUUUUCGUGUGGGCUGGAAAGAGAGAAAUGAAUGGAUCCGGUCCAGGUAAUAGUCAAUCCUGGGUGAUUCAUUCCACUUCAACGCCAAAGGUGUUAGGUAGCUUCUGCAUCUUUCUGAUCCUCGGCAUUCGCAAGCAGCGCUCUGAUAGAUGUUACAUAUUCGACAAGUCUUGGGUUUUCAGAUCCGAAUGCUCGUACGAGAGGUACCUGGUCAAGCUUGAUGACUAA